AGCGGAAGCGGAAGUGACGUUAGGGAAAGGUGGGGGCAAUCAUGGUGCCGCUGGGGAGGGGAGAAGCUGCUGCCGCCGCCGUUGCCGGGAGCCGCGGAGAAAGGUCAUUACCUUUCCAUUUCUCACAAUUGGGCUGAGCACAAUUCCAUCAUGGGGGAACACAGUCCAGACGACAACAUCAUCUUCUUUGAGGCAGAGGAAGAUGACAAGAUGCUCAGGUUUGUGGAUGCAAACGGACUGGUGCCUUCCUCAUCUGGAACUGUUUAUGAUAGGACCACUGUUCUUAUUGAGCAGGAUCCUGGCACUUUGGAGGAUGAAGAUGAUGAUGGACAAUGUGGAGAACACUUACCUUUUCUAGUAGGGGGUGAAGAGGGCUUCCACCUAAUAGAUCAGGAAGCAAUGUCCCAGGGUUAUGUGCAACACAUUAUCUCACCUGAUCAGAUUCAUUUGACUAUAAACCCUGGUUCCACACCCAUGCCAAGAAAUAUCGAAGGUGCAACUCUUACUCUGCAGUCGGAAUGUCCAGAAACAAAACGUAAAGAAGUAAAGCGGUACCAGUGCACCUUUGAGGGCUGUCCCCGCACCUACAGCACAGCAGGCAACCUGCGCACCCACCAGAAGACUCACCGAGGAGAGUACACCUUCGUCUGUAAUCAGGAAGGCUGUGGCAAGGCCUUCCUCACCUCUUACAGCCUCAGGAUCCAUGUGCGAGUGCACACGAAAGAGAAGCCAUUUGAGUGUGAUGUGCAGGGCUGUGAAAAGGCGUUCAACACGCUCUACAGGCUGAAAGCACAUCAGAGGCUUCACACAGGGAAGACGUUUAACUGUGAAUCUGAAGGCUGCAGCAAAUACUUCACCACACUCAGUGAUCUGAGGAAGCACAUUCGAACCCACACAGGAGAAAAGCCAUUUCGCUGUGAUCAUGAUGGAUGUGGAAAAGCGUUUGCAGCAAGCCACCACCUUAAAACGCACGUCCGCACACAUACUGGUGAAAGACCCUUCUUCUGCCCCAGCAAUGGGUGUGAGAAAACAUUCAGCACUCAGUACAGUCUCAAAAGUCACAUGAAAGGUCACGAUAACAAAGGACACUCAUACAAUGCACUUCCACAACACAAUGGAUCAGAGGAUACAAAUCACUCACUUUAUCUAAGUGACUUGCACCUUCUGUCCACAGAUUCGGAAUUGGGAGAAAAUUCUAAUACAACACAGGGCCAGGACCUCAGCACAAUUUCACCAGCAAUCAUCUUUGAAUCAAUGUUCCAGGAUUCAGAUGAUACAGCAAUUCAGGAAGAUCCUCAGCAGACAGCUGCCUUGAUUGAAAGUUUUAAUGGUGAUGCAGAGUCAGUCAGUGAUGUCCCGCCACCCACAGGAAAUUCAGCAUCUUUAUCUCUCCCGCUUGUACUGCAGCCUGGCAUCUCCGAGCCACCCCAGCCUCUGCUACCAGCCUCAGCUCCGUCUGCUCCUCCGCCUGCUCCCUCCCUAGGACCUGGUUCCCAGCAAGCUGCAUUUGGCAACCCCCCUGCUCUCUUACAACCUCCGGAAGUGCCUGUUCUCCACAGCACGCAGUUUGCUGCUAAUCAUCAAGAGUUUCUUCCGCACCCCCAGGCACCGCAGCCCAUUGUACCAGGACUUUCUGUUGUUUCUGGGGCUUCUGCAUCAGCAGCAGCAGUGGCAUCGGCCAUGGCAGCACCAGCCCCACCACAAAGGACUACUGAGCCCCUGCCAGCCAUGGUCCAGACUCUGCCGCUGGGUGCCAACUCUGUCCUAACUAACAAUCCCACUAUAACCAUCACCCCGACUCCCAACACGGCUAUCCUGGGGUCCGGCCUAGUCAUGGGAGAACAGAACUUACAAUGGAUAUUAAAUGGUGCCACCAGUUCACCACAAAACCAAGAACAAACUCAGCAAGCAUCGAAAGUUGAGAAGGUGAUUUUUACCACUGCAGUACCAGUAGCCAGUAGCACAGGGAGCUCUGUCCAGCAGAUUGGCCUCAGUGUUCCUGUGAUCAUCAUCAAACAAGAGGAGGCAUGUCAGUGUCAGUGUGCGCGCCGGGACUCUGCCAAGUAGCAGGCAGCUGGUGGAGAAAGGGCUGUUCUUCCCCACCCCGUCCAGAGCUGAGCCCCUGGCCUGCUGAUGGGCCCAGCCUGAAGUUACCACCCUAGACUUUGUCCUCACCCCUAUUCCCUCGUCAUCCUCCACCAGAUCCUCUUCCUGUGAGCAAAGCAGACAGGCUGAGGCUUCUUCAGACUCUCAGACAAAAACGUUAAGUGCCAUGGAUGUGUCAGAACUCAUGCCCUCCAGAGCCUGGACACCCCAUUCUGAUUCCCACUGAAGCACUGCUGCAGGGGGAGGAGGAGAUGGGCCUGAGGCAGCUUCGGCAAGUGAAGGGCCCGUGUGCACUCGUCUCCAGGAAGAGGGUAAACAGGAAGCAGGAGGCACUGUGCCUACCAUCAUGGGGGCAGAAAUUGGAAGGAUGAAGAAAUUCACUGUUUGAAAGCCUCACCUUCCAGACAUAUUUUCUUUAUUCACAUCCCAGGAACAUCCAUUUUAAGGAACUGAUCUUUGGAAAAAAAACAAAAAAAACAACAAAAAAAGAAAGCUAAGUUAUAAAUGAACUGUUUGGCUGCACUGUAUGUCACUUUCGCUUAUUGUCAUAUGAAUUUGGAAAUUAAGGUUACUCGUAUGCAUAAAAAUUCUAAAUGAAAGGAUGUGGUUUCCAUCAAUCUAGUACUGCCCAUCACUUGCACUGGAGUCUUUGUGGAUUGGGCAGGAGGGGUCAGUGUGUCGGGUUGUGCUUCUCCCUGUGUGUCUCUUUGAAUCUGAGGCUGACAUUUGCCCGAAGGCCAGACUCUCACUGUAUCCAAGUCUGCAGUGGCAAGGGCAGGUGAAACAGCUGAGUUGGACAGGGUUUGGGUGAGGUGGCUUUGUUGUUUGUACUUGGUGUUGGUAGAGCUCAGGAUGGAUCUGCAGGCUGUCCCAUAGCCCACUCUGCACAGAUGGCAGCUCAAAGCCUGGCCCACCAGAUGUGGGGAUGAUCUGGUUCUGGGGGAGUCCUAGGCAGGCUGUUGAUUGCCAUCUGCUGAUGGUAUGUGUGCAGAGUAGGCUCUAGCAUAGUGAUGGUGAACCUUUUAGAGCUUUCAGUGAUAGCUCUGAAACAGCUGGCAGCAGCAUGUGUGCCAUAGGUUCACCACCACUGCUCUAGCAACACAGUCACAGCCUUUGCCUCUUUGGUUCUCUGAACUGCUUGCCAGAGCUUGCAGGUCACAGUGAGCUUUCCUUGAGGAACAUCUUUGUUUUGUCCUAGAGUGAACAUGUGGCUUAGGGUCAGUUUCCAGCUGGUAGGCUGCCUUCCUUUGAAUGCUGUUUUCUUCUUCAGAGCAGAAGGGCUACAUCUUGCUUCUUAGUAGAAGAGGCAGAUUGAAGGGAGCUUGUAGGAGGUGGCGGGUAACUGGCAGGCCAGGUGUUCUGGUUCUAGGUUCUAGCUAGGCUUUUGGUUGCCCUUUUCCAUCUCCACUCCUCUGGAUUUUGCAUACAGCCUAGUACAGUGCAAACAAGAAUGUGACUUGCUCAACUUAGUCAUGUGAGUUCUAAACAGAAAGGAAAAAAAAAAAAUGAUGAUCUUCUACUCAGGGUAAAACAAAAAAUCCCCCUUCCACCAAAAAGCCUGAAAUGUUGCAAUAAGUUGUCUCAUUUGGAAUGUUUCAUUAAGUUGUGUUAUAGGAAAAUGUGUGUGUGUGUGUGUGUGUGUGUGUGUGUGUGUGUGUGUAUGUAGAAUUAUAUCCAUCUGUCUGCCUUUGGCUCCAAGUCAUUGCCUCUGAAAACAAAAUACAGUGCACACUAGAAUGGAAAGUUCCCCUCACCUGGCUGCUUAAUGUAGUCAUGAGGCCUCAUCAAGCGCAGAAAUUAGGCAUGGAUCAGAAUGUGGAAUAGGCCUCUCUCAAGAACUCUUCCCCUACCUCCAGCAAGGAGCAGGUUUCCAUAAACAAGGCAGUGAGAGCCAGCCAGUGAGAGAUCUGCAUUGGUCCCUCUCCUGCUCUGAGCUUACCUUGGAGGCACAUCACUUAUCUUGGAGCUAGAGACCCUGCCUUUAGCAAGAAUGUACAGGGACAAGCUUGGAUGAGAGGGUAGUUUUGGUAAUGCUGUUACUGCCGUGAGUAGAAAUGGGCUUAAAUGCAAACAGCUGAUUUCUCAUUCUAGAAGUUUAGACAGGAGAACUAAUUUCUUUUUAAACUUUUUUACUGUCUGUCCCCAAAGACUGGUGGUUUUUGGCAACCAUUGACCUCAGCAAAAGUUGAUAAAGCAGGAGGAAUCUUCUACCACAGUGGGCCAGUCUUCCUAGGAAACCAUGUGCAAGUGAGGGUUGUCCUGGUUGUCUCUAGGCCUUACACCAAUAGAAAGCUUUGAACUUGGACAUGAAAGCAGUAGAUGGGACCCCAGAGUUAGCUUGUGGCAGAUAGUAGUUAUGACCUUCCCACAUGUCCAUCCUCUGAUGACCUGCGAUUCUGGUUCCUGGGCCAUGAGGUGGAAAGUAGGGGCCCAGAGGACAGGUGAGGCAUCUAUGGGUUAAAUGUUGCUUCUUGGUAAGCCAGGGCUAUCCUUAUGUUGAGCCCUUCCCAGGUCACUGGCUUUUCCACUCUCCACAGAGGUGGUGAAGAUGCAUCUUAAGAUUUUUCUAAUUGAAGAAAUUGAAGUGUCUGCCUUUUGUGGGUGGUUUGGAUUACAAAAGAGACUAUCAGAUUCUGAUCAGCUUUUGAUAAAUCAGGAGCGUGCUUCAAAUGCUUAGCAGUGUAGGUUUAUUCCACAGGGUAGGCAGACCUUCCUUCCAUCCCUUCCCAUGCUCCUUCCCUUCCCAUCCUUCUCCCACAACCUUGGGCUCCAGGGUCAAGGACCUUGGCUAGGAGAGGUUCCCUGGCUACACUGGAGCUAGAAAGAACUUUCGUGAAGAGUGUCGUUUCCCAAACCCAGAAAUGAACCUUGGGUAAUUCUAGCAGGUAUAAUCAGCCUUUUCUUCUCCCCAUGGUAACCAUAACCAUUUUCACCCUAUAGGCCUAUACUUUGGCUCCCACUAGCAACUCCAGUUAGACUGCCCCUUCUAGGGUGCUAGUCGGCACCAAGGAGACUUUGUGGACUUGGGAGGAGGUGGUAAGGAAACUAGCAGGGGCCACCAAACUGCCCUUGUGAACUGGGCCCUUCUCAGGUAGGUGGGUGGGGCACUGAGGGAAAUGGCUGUCUUCCCUGACAGGGUCUGGCAGGUCUCAUGGGGGCCUCACUAGUUUGGUAGCAGGAGGAGUGUCAUUUAUUGAAAUUCACCCCCUUGAGGAGGUUAUGGUACAAAGCCCAGGAGAGUCCUUGAGAGGUGACUCCUUCUCUGGGUAGAAAGGCAAGGGGCUGCUCGUCACCACCUCUGGGAGAGUCAGUAGAUUGGAGAGUCAUUUUCAGGUUCAAGACAGUGGACUGAUGGGGAUAAUGAGGGUAGGUGGGUUUUCCUGAGAGACUUUGUAUAAUGUUGAAUGUGUCCAGAGGGACAAGUUUGUAGAACCUCAUAUUGGUAUAUUAAAGAAAUAAUAAAAUAAAAAGCACUUUAGGUUAUUUUAUCUUUAACCCAAUUGCUGCAAUUUCUGUUGUGUGUGUGUGUGUAUAUAUAUAUAUAUAUACACACACACACACAUAUAUACAUAUACUUUCCACAAAGUUUUAUUUUUUGCUCAGAAUAAAAAGUUAAAUUGAGGUGUGAAAAGAAAGCACUUACCUUGGUGCAAUAUGUGUAGCUUGAUUGUCGUUGUCCCAUGUGGCCCUGGCCUGGCCGUGUUUUUCCGCUCCCUCAGCCUGUGCUAGGAGGCUGUCUGUAGGGAAACUAUUAUGCAUCCUCAGCAACUGCUCAAUCUAUGCAAGCCUUCCCUGUAUGCCCCAGGGCGCCCCCUCAGCUCUCGGAAGAACUGCUGUGGGUGUUUUCUCCAGCUGACUGUUAAGGCCCUUUUUCACCACUUCUUGGUCCCUCGCCAUCUUUCUUCCCCUCUUCACCAUUACAAAGUGAUGCCUGAAAGGAAGGAACAGGUUGUUCCUAGGUAGAAACCUGGCACCUUCUAGACUUUUAUAUUUGUGAUCGUGUCCAUUGUCCUUAAAGACUUCUCCAGUGUCACUGAAACCAUUGAUUUGUGGAACCGCAACAAUAUUGCUCAAGAGUUUACAAUUUUCUAAUAUCACCAAUCAGAAAUAUGUUUGGGGAGGGGUUUGGGGGUCAGGGUAACAUGAAUCAUUUCUGUACUGCUUUUCAUAUCACCUGCGUUGGUUCUAAGAAAAAAGCCUUCCAGCCUCCAUUAACAAAGCUACUAAUAGGGCCGGGGAUCUAGCUCAGUGGUUCUGGCACCUGCUGAGCAAGCGCAAGGUCCCGAGUUCGAUCCCCGGUACCAAAAACAAAAAAACAAAGCUACUAAUAAUCUGUUUUAUCAUCUUUCUUCCUUCUCCCUCUCCCCCUCCCAUUUAAUCUUCAAUUAAUUUUUAGGCUCUAGACUACAGAAGUUUUAAAUACACUGCACCAAAGCAGAAAGAUUUGCAUAGAUGCUAUAUGCAAGUGGUUUUGCUGGACAUAGAUGGGGAAUUGUCCAUUCCUUAACAUUUAGGGCAGCAGGGUUGGCAGUAAAAUGUAAUUUCUAAAUUUGGCAGUAAUGUGUAUUUCUGAUUGGUCAUUCUAUUUAGCCUAUUUCUUCUUGCAUAUUCUUGUGAGGGGGAGAAGGGAAGGGUCCUUGUUUCUUCUCAUGCCCUUUGGGGACACUAAUGAUCAGUCUGGGCAUUUCUCACUAUUAUUCUUGAUCAAGAGGGGUUCUCAGUCUGCAUUGAAAAAUGCAAAUUAAACUGGACCUUUAUGUCAAGGUGUACAUAGUACAAGCUUUUUUUUUUUUUUAACUGGAAAUGAGGUUUAAAACCACACACUACCCUUUUGGUGGUGUUCCCACUGGGCCAAAAAUUGGUUGAUAAUGUCACUUUUUCAGCUCAAUGCAGUUUCUAUUUUUUCUUAUGGGAAAAUUUUUUCAUAAAACCUUUUUUCACUAAAACGCAGGGGUGUUUUUUGCAAUAUCCUUGUUGUCCUUGUAGUGGUGCCAAGUCAGAGGCUUCUCUUGCCCUUUUCCUCUCAUGUUCUCAGGCCUCUCAAAGGCUGUUUGACUCAACAGUCUACAUCUUUUGUUGUAUUUUGGCGAAAGUGGGGGUGGGAUCAGAGUUCAAGGUAGCUGUUCCCUUUUCCUGUGAACUCCCCCUAGUCUCUUUUCCAGAAAGUGGCUAGAAACAGGUUUUAGUUCAGUCUCUUGCAGAAAUCUUCUAGCCAGGAAAGGCAAGAGCCCCAGAGAGCCCUUUUUUGACACACAUUAAUCAUUGGCUGGUAGUCUUGGUGACAGUUUUUUAAAUCUUAAAUAGUUUUAUUUGGAUUAUGUAAAAGUCUAUCAAAUUUAUUUAAGUGUGAAACAUGGGAACAACAGACUUCCACUGAGCGAUAUGAAAACGUUACAGGUUCAGUACUUCCAAAGGAAGAAACCUCCAAAUCCAAAAAA